AUGGGCAAUUACACAAAAGAAGCUGGUUUCAUCUUGAAUGCUUUUUCUGACAAUGGGAGAUUUCAUGUUCUGUUUUUUUUAGUAUUCCUUAUCAUUUACCUUGUAACAGUUGUUGGAAACAUAUUAAUCCUCCUCCUCAGUAAAGUGGAUUGCAAUCUGCACACACCCAUGUAUUUUUUCCUCAGCAACCUUUCUUUUAUGGAUAUGUGUUAUACAAAUACUACUAUACCCAAAAUGCUGCUCAUAAUCCUGCUUAAACAUUCAGCCAUAUCCCUUCCAGCAUGUGCUACCCAGUUGUAUUGUUUCCUGUCAUUGGCAGCCUCAGAGUCUUCCUUACUUGCAUUGAUGGCCUAUGACCGGUAUGUGGCUAUUUGUAACCCACUGAGAUAUACAUCUAUAAUGAACAAAGAGGUUUGCCUUCAGAUGGCAGCUGGGACAUGGAUCAUUGGAUGUAUCUAUGGAGCCAUUCACACUUCUAAUACUUUUAGGCUACAUUUCUGUGGCUCCAAAAUUCUUAACCACUAUUUCUGUGAUAUCCCUCCCUUGUUAAAUAUUUCAUGCAAUGAUACAUUUUUUGUUGAGAUGACUGUUUUUGUGGUGGGUGGUUUUUUAAUGCUUGGUUGCUUUGUAUUGAUUCUUGGAUCUUAUGUGCACAUUCUUAUUUCAGUCUUAAAGAUUCCAAAAACAAGUGGAAGAGGCAAAACUUUUUCUAUAUGUGCAUCACACUUAGUUGUUGUCUUGCUAUAUUAUGGCAGUGGCAGCACUAUGUACUUACGCCCCAAAUCUAAACUGGUUGCAGAUAAACAAUGGCUUUUGUCUAUUUUUUAUGCAAAUAUAACACCUCUCUUAAACCCAAUUAUUUAUAGCCUUAGAAACAAGGACAUCAAAAGGGCAUUUUUAAAAUGGAUCAAAUAA